AUUCAAGAUUGUGACGUAACAAUAGUGAAGCGAAAUCUGGAAGAUUUGUAAACAGUUAAAAGUUGGUCAGCUUAUUGUUGUAUAACAUGCAUGUUAUUGACAACGUUAAGUUUUAAUUCCAGCUGUAAAUAUUUAAACAUCGGCAGCGCGCACGAGGCAAAAUGUUGUUCAAAUGCCACGGGAAACAAAGAAGGAAGAAACGAUUUAAAAUAUUUCAUUUGUUUCGUGAAAUAAAUUUGAUUUAUUGACAAAUUUUAAUCUAGGUGGAUAUAUCCCCUCCAAGUGGCCAUGGAUGCAGGGUUUUUCCGAGGCACGAGUACGGACCAAGACAAUCGCUUCGCGAAUAAACAAAAGAAACUCUUAAAGUCAAUGAAGUUUGCGGACGGGCUGGGUGUAAAAGUUGACAUGCGUAAGAUACAGUUGGACACAAUCAAACCAUGGAUAUCUAAACGAAUCACGGAAAUGUUGGGUUUCGAGGAUGACGUCGUUAUUGCUUUCGUUUACAACAGUCUUGAAGAACAAUUUCCCGAUCCUAAAGUUUUGCAAAUUAAUCUAACCGGGUUCCUGAACGGGAAAAACUCCCGGAUAUUCCUGGGUGAGUUGUGGGAGCAUCUUGCGUCGGCGCAAGACAACGACAUGGGGAUCCCACAAGUUUUUCUCGAGGAAAAAAAAGAAGAAAUUCGGAAACGACAAAUCGAGUUGGAAGAAAUGGAAAAGUUGAAAGAAGUUGAAGAAAGAAGAUCGAGAUCAAAGUCCAAGGAGAGAAAGAAGGAACACAAGAAAAAGGAUAAAAAGAAAUCCGAGCGUCAUUAUCGUCGGAGGUCACGGUCAAGGUCACCGAGGUCGCGACAUUCAAAGUCAAAUAAAUCUCCGAAACGAUGAACGCUAGGGGGAGAUGAAGGGAUAUUUCGUUCUUGAAUUUCUGUUUAUUACAUCACAAUAAACUUUGUUUUCACUCAAAGUUUUGUAUGUUGAGUUUAAAAAUAAACAACAGAUUUCAAA